CCAAACGGAUGUUGUUUUCUUAGCGGUGUGAAGAUUCAGUUUAUAGCAUCAUAGUAUACCGUGCAGGUGGAAAAGGAGACUGUAUAUCACCAAUUGAAGCUGGAUUACACUGCCCGGGUCCCUACGAACUGAUUAGACAGGGCAACAAUAGCCAAGCAGAUUUUUAUAUCGUUUCUAUUUACAUUGCGGGGCCGGGGAAAAUGUCCGAAUCGUGCCCGACCUCAUUCCACAUAUGGCACUGUUCGAGCACACCGGAACCACUCACAAGGUUACCCUAGAUGACACCGAAUCCUGCUGCUGCACCAUCGAAACAGCACAAACUAUUGAUGGGCAUACGGAGUACGUGUUGAGAGUGCAGCGAGGUCCCGUUCCGGAAAACAGCUGGCGCAUUUUGCGGCGAUACAAUGAUUUCGCGUCGCUCAACAAGUGUUUACAAAUUUCUGGCAUCGAUCUGUCGUUCCCGGGCAAGAAGUAUAUCGGUAAUAUGCGCCCGGACUUUAUAGCUGAUCGAUUGAAUGCACUACAGGAUUAUAUAAAUCAAGUACUAAUGAAUCCCAUUUUGGCAUCAUCGCUACCUACAAAAAAGUUCAUCGACCCGGAUAGCUACUCGACGCCGUUCCAUGAUUUGGCCCUCCAAUAUGCAUCGAUGAGUUUGCGCACCGAUGGCGUUUACACGCUUGGUCAGUCUCUUGGUCCGAUCGGUUGGAGACUGCGCAAGCACUACUUCAAGGUGGUGCACAAACCGCAGGGUAACAAGCAUUCACCUGGCCAUUCCACCACCAAACACCAUCUCAUUAAAUCAAGCUCCCAAUCGCACGGGAAGCAGCAUACAACACAGGUUUGCGUCACGACGUCAACCGAGAAGGAUUAUAACAGCAGCGCACGCGACCAAAGCGGUAGAGACGAUUUGAUACUGAGCUGGACUGAGUUUGGACCAGAUCGAUACGUGGACGAUAGGGAAAUUCAUACGGUUCUGAAAAACUAUGGCGGUGUCCAACAUCCGUACAUUGUACCGAUCGAACACAUCGCAUCCAACGAUAGCGGGGCGCUCGUAAUAAGGAAAUUUUACAAGCAAGGCAGCCUGAAAGAUACUCUUUGCUCAGCCAGUCCUUGCAAUCCGUUCCUAUCGAAAUAUGGUAGCCCGAAAGGCAGAGCACCAUUGCCGCUCAAGGAGUUGGCACUGUACGCCCGGCAGAUACUGGAAGCAAUUCGUUUUCUCCACUCGAAGGGAUUAGCCUGUGGACAUGUUCACUGUGGCAACGUGAUCAUCGUCGAUGGGGUGGCUAAACUGAUGGAUGUAGAGAAUUUUUUCUUCGGUGUCCCAUCCUUCUACCGGCCAUUUUUCGUGCAGCACAGUAAGAUCAACAGUUGUGAGGCAAUCGAUGUUUACGGAUUCGGUCAUCUGUUGUACGAGAUGUGCAUGGGAUAUCCGCUGCAGGACUCGUAUGCUCGACAAAUCGCCGAUUGUCCUGAAAGUUUGAAAUCACUGCUGGAAUCGAUACUUUCGAGGGACGCGUGCAAAUCGGCGCUACCUACAUUGGACCAGCUGACUACACAUCCGUUCUUCGGCGAGUAUGCUGGCCAGUUUAACGAAAUAUAUGCGACCACCAUCAGUGUGCAAAAACCGCACCUCAAGUUUUCGAGCUCCGCCAAAGAUCAACUGAAGCUGGCGGUACAAAAGACUGAAGCACGGGUACGCGAUGAACAACGAUCGGUGAAGAACCAGAAACGUUUAGUCCGAGUCCAGGAAAUGAUGACUUCCGAGGAGGAAAAAAAGAAAAUCAAACAGAAAGCCAAACACGAACAGAAACAGGCGAAGUUGCGGGCACAAAACUCGCUGCAGCUAAAUAAUGGACCGCCGGCUGCCUCUUCCGGCAUUACGGCCACAGUGCAUUUGUCCAGCUCGGUCGGUGUCAUCGUUAAGUCGGACAGCACGAACAGUAUUACCUCACCGCAGGAAGCUCUAAUGUCGCCACCGCCCCACGCGACCGACAGUGGAGGCAGCUGUUCACCACAGCCGCCUCCGUCGGCUCCACCGAUUCCCGUGCAUCCUUUCUCGUUGCCUCUUGUUGCUGACUCACAACCAGUGGUUCACGGCGCUGCCACGUCGUCGUCAGGUAAGCUAGUGAAGUCAAUUUCUGGUGACGAUAGUAGCGCUGGUAACGUUAGCAAUCGAAGUGCGCUGCUCGAUUCGAUUUGCAGCUUUAACAAAGGUGGUCUGAAGAAAAUUAAUCCUAAUCGCGAAAAAUAA